UUUUAUACUUGUAAUAGCAAACGGCAUCCGUUACAUUCUCAGUCCCUAUUUUGUGGCAGGAUUCUGACCGCCUGGUAUUUGGGGUGGUUAACUAGUUAACUAAAGCACGGAUGCCUAAUCUUUAACCCAUUCCCUUUUGCCUUUCGGUGGGCAUCAUGGCUCACUGAACUACGAUGAGAGACCCAAAGCUAGACAUGUACAUGAAUGCGAAACCUCAAUCACAGACAGCCGAACAAAUGCAGGGCCAAGUGCAGAACAAAUCUGUGCGCGUCAGUUUCGAGCCACAGGUCGAAAGUUACGAUUCUCUGACUCCGGAAUUACGCCCUCCGGCACUGAGCCAUCAUAGAUCUCAGACGGUGAAUUUUGAAGGGAAUGGCCACAUCGAUGUCUCUAAUUCGGCCUCUGGGACAGCGACUCCCGCGUCGGGACAAGCGUCCGCACGAAUAGCUGAGCCAGUAAUGAGGAGCGCGAGGCCAACCUCUACUCUUGUUCGAGCGAAAAGCGAUCACUGGCUUAAGAGCGAUGGAGAAAACGAUGCGAAGAAAGACGAUGAUGAAGAUUUUGAGCUAAGGCACGGCUGGCAAGAGGAAUAUAAUUCUAGUGAAUACUUGAAGAUAUUAAAUUCGAAUUUCUAUAUGUAUUUCAACGAGAAACGCCACGAUACCGGGGGAAUCCCCAAGGAACAAACGGGAAGCUGGUUACAACAGGACUGGCGCAUGAGGGAUCGGUUAAAGACAGUAUCCGCUGCGCUCGCUAUUUGCCUUAAUAUUGGCGUUGACCCUCCAGAUGUUGUUAAGACGAAUCCCAGCGCGAAGCUAGAGUGUUGGGUAGAUCCAACCUCAUCCGGUGGCGCACAGAAUAAAGUGAUGGAACAGAUUGGCAAGAAACUACAGGAGCAGUACGAGACUCUAAGCCUCCGAACCCGGUAUAAGCAGUAUCUAGACCCAUCAGUGGACGAAACAAAGAAAUUCUGCAUAUCCCUUCGACGGAAUGCGAAAGAUGAGAGGGUAUUAUUUCACUACAAUGGCCAUGGCGUUCCUCUCCCAACUCCAUCCGGUGAGAUUUGGGUGUUCAACAAAACUUAUACACAGUAUAUCCCGGUAUCAUUAUACGAUCUUCAAUCCUGGCUUGCAGGUCCCAGCCUAUUUGUCUUUGACGUCUCCCAUGCGGGUCACAUUGUCUCCAAUUUCCAUAAAUUUGUGGAAAAGCAUGAAAAGGAGAAUGUUGAAGCUCGCAGGAAAGAUGCAAAUGCUCCCAUUCAGAACUACAGUGAUUGCAUCCUUCUUGCUGCCUGCGAUAAGACUGAAUCCUUGCCAACUAACCCUGACCUUCCUGCCGAUCUGUUUACCUGUUGUUUGACAACCCCUAUUCAGAUCGCUCUUAGAUACUUCAUGCUUCAGAAUCCCUUGCAAUGUGGCGUCCCGCCGGACGAAAUUAAAGUUCCCGGACGCCUGCAAGACCGACGAAGUCCGCUCGGAGAACUUAAUUGGAUCUUUACAGCAAUCACUGACACCAUUGCUUGGAACACCCUUCCUCGUGCUCUUUUCAAAAAGCUUUUUCGUCAAGACCUCAUGGUUGCAGCUCUAUUCCGAAAUUUUCUUCUCAGCGAAAGGAUUAUGAGAACCCAUGAAUGUCGCCCGAUCUCCUCACCCGAACUCCCUGAAACACAUACUCAUCCCUUAUGGCAGAGUUGGGAUCUUGCCGUUGAGAUGGUCCUUUCCCAGCUACCCGCACUUCUUGAACACGAGGAGGGAAAGCGGCAUUACGAGUACCAGCACUCAAGUUUCUUUUCUGAACAACUCACAGCCUUUGAAGUUUACCUCUCAUCUGGACCUACGGAAAGUAACCCACCAGAUCAGUUACCAAUUGUCUUACAGGUGUUAUUAAGCCAGGCGCAUCGGCUACGCGCGCUGAUCCUCCUGAGCAAAUUUCUUGACCUCGGUCCCUGGGCGGUUCAUCUAGCACUGAGCAUAGGAAUAUUUCCGUACGUGGUGAAAUUAUUACAGAGUGCCGCGCAGGAACUUAAACCCGUCAUGGUGUUCAUAUGGGCGCGGAUCAUGGCAGUGGACCAUACGGUUCAGAACGACUUGCUUAAGGAUAAUGGCAUCCAUUACUUUAUAACUAUUCUUAAUCCCUCUAUCGGUAUCCCGGUGGGUAAUGUGAGUGAGCAUCGGGCGAUGUGCGCCUUUAUUAUCAGCAUCUUUUGCAAGGAAUACCCUCAAGGCCAAAACGUGUGUCUCUCGCCAGAAUUGAUCGAAUUCUGUCUUCAUCACCUGAUGGAUGUCGAGAAUCCACUGUUGCGACAAUGGUGCUGCCUUUGUAUAAGCAUGUUGUGGAAUAAUUUUGCUGAGGCAAAGUGGAUGGGAAUCCGAUGCUCCGCGCCAGCACGGCUUUGCGAGCUCACUAUGGACCCCGUCCCAGAGGUCCGAGCAGCAAUGCUUCAUGCUCUAACGAGCUUCGUUGGUAUCCCUGAUUUGACAGACCAAGUUGCACAGGUUGAAGAGUACCUUGCGACAGCCAUUGUUCCGAUGGGGAAUGAUGGAAGCGCCUUAGUACGAAGAGAACUUCUGGUCUUCUUAUCCACUUUUGUGAAAAGGUAUCAGAACAAGUUCCUGGUGACUGGUUAUGAGCAACUUUUGGAAGAAAAGCAUCUUCUCAAACACUCUGUUUCAGGCUCCAAGGAUACUCAGCCACCACCAUUCCGCGACCAUGGUGUUUCUCACAAUACAAUAUAUGGAUCCCUCUGGAAAUUACUACUUAUCCUCUCAGUCGACCCACAGGAAGAGGUAGCUCAGGACGCCGGAGUAGUUGUCGACUAUGUCUACAAAAUUCUUUUCGAUUCACCAGUGGGAAGCUUAGCUCAGGAUGUUCGUGAUGAGGUUCUUGCUCUACAUAGACGUUCGCGAUCUAAGAAACCACAGCCUUCCGAAUCAGUUGAGGUGAAGAAAAUAAGACCGGAAACACCGCCGGCCCAGAUCCCUAGCAAGCAGGAGGGAUAUCUUUCAUUAAGCUUAAGGAGGACAGCAAGCGUGGCUGCAUCCUUGAAAAACCUUGCAUUUGGGUCGGCUGCCACCAUUGAUCAGCGUCCUUCAUCGCCUCUUAAUCCAUCUGGCAGGCAAACAAUGGCUAAGAACCGUAUGACCAUUACUCCUCGCGGUCGUGCACCUCCCGAAUGGACACGACCGCCCGAAGUGAAUGAUCAACCAGUUUCCGCUGGUCAAUAUGGCCAAGCACCCACACCGCCUUCAAGGGGCGUUAAUCCCAGAGAUUUAACGAAGGAACCAUCGAUCCCGCUGAAGAGCAACUUUUUGGAAUGGUCGACAGAAUACUUCCGCGAGCCGCAAAUGAAACCUAACGAGCCGGAUGAACCUGGCAGCGCUGAUUACAAUCAAAGACUAUGGCGGCGCGCCCGGAAUGAAAGAAUAAUUGUCGAAACACAACAGCUAAAGGAUAAAGGCGGAAGUGGCCGGUGGGAUGUAGCAUUAACUCUUAUGAGUAAUCCAAGUCAACCGGCAAAGAUGUGCUUCCACCAGUUCGAGGACCACCUCGCGGUUGCUGAUGAUAGAGAUACUAUCUGCAUAUGGGAUUGGGAAAGCAACUCCCGGCUCAGUCGGUUUUCUAAUGGCAACCCACUGGGUUCAAGGAUCAAUGAAGUUCGGUUUAUCAACGAAGACGAUCAAGCUCUCUUGAUGACUGGCUCUUCUGAUGGAGUUUUGAAAAUAUUCCGCAACUACGAGUCUGAUCGGAGGAUAGAGCUGAUUACUGCUUUCCGCGCGCUGCCUGAACUAAUCCCUAGUAAUAAAAAUGCCGGCCUCGUCUUAGACUGGCAACAGGGCCAGGGGAAGGCACUUAUCGCUGGAGACGUAAAGGUCAUUCGUGUUUGGAAUGCAGCCACUGAAGUAUGCACGAAUGAUAUAUCUGCUCGUUCCGGCUCCUGUAUUACUUCUUUAACAUCGGAUCAAGUUGCUGGCAACAUUUUCAUUGCCGGAUUCGGUGACGGCGCUGUUCGAGUAUUCGACCAACGAUUAAAACCCACCACCGCGAUGGUGAAAGUCUGGCGAGAGCACAAACAAUGGAUUACAAACGUUCACAUGCAACGAGGCGGAGUAAGAGAACUUAUAUCUGGGAGCCGGAAUGGUGAAGUCAGACUAUGGGAUCUGAGAAUGGAUAACUCCAUUGACACCAUUCAAGCCACCAAGGACACAUUAAGAACGUUGAGCGUACACGAGCAUGCCCCAGUGUUUUCUAUUGGUACCAACCGGCAUGAAGUCAAAACUUUCAAUGUCGACGGAUCGUACCUCUCUUCAUUCGAACCGCACGGUAGCUUCCUCUCCCAAAGCCGCACUUCGCCCGUCGUCGGCACGGCCUUCCAUCCGCAUAAAAUGGUCAUGGCAUGCUCUGCCCUCUAUGAUAAUUAUGUCAAUCUCGUUUCUUGCUGAAAGCUGUUUCGCCAAUCUCAUUUAAUGUGAUAAUUUAAUCAAAUACAAGUGCCUAUGCUGUGGGCUAUGGACUAUUUUUUUUCCUCCUUAACUUUUUGAUAUGUUGUUCUUCUCGUUUAGACUAGUUCUUUCUAUUCUUUUUCAUUUUCAUUUCAUGGUCUUUAAAGCCUCCCUUUUCCUCUCAUAAACCUUACCACAGUGAUAUACCCAUGGGAGGACAGGUGUAUAUGUGUGUGUGUGUGUGUGUGUGCGCGUGUUUAUGGGUGGCUAACAUGAGUGUCAUUUGAUUACUAUAUUUUGGAGCAACUGAUGAAUUUACGAUCAUUUAUUUUCUGCUCCAAUGCCUCUCUUCACCAUUCCUUAAGUUUGUGCAUAGAUCUGAUGCCUGCGUUCUUUUUUCCAUGGGAGAUUCAAUCUUCCUGUGGUUUCUGCAUUCAGUCAGGGAUAUAGUGUGCUUUACAUCAGAUAAUUGUCCAUCAUGGACUGAUCGACUAGUAUUAUGACUGUUUACGAGAACAAGCUGCCCUUAAAAGUACAUAGCUGGUGAGAAUGAGGUAUGAAGAGAAGAAGUUAUCAUUACACUUUUUAGGGGAG